GCGCCACACAAGAGCCAUUCUCGAAUCCGACACCGACAGUCGCCAUGGCCUCUCGAGCUGCCCGUACUACCGCCAAAGCUUGGUUCUCGGACCCUGCCACGUACCCGAUCAUUGGAAUCCUGGGAUUUGCUGGGGCGAUGGCUGUUGUCGGAGGUGUACGCUUCUUGUCCGUGAGCCCGGAUGUAUUGAUCAGCCGCGAGAAGCGCCUUCAAUUGAAUCUGCGAUCGGAGCAAGAAGGAAACGCGUUCCGAACGCACCGCAUUGCCGCAGCCAAUUUGCAAUCCAACGCGAUCACCAAGGAGCCUGAGUACCAAGCGUUCAAAGCUCGUAACUCUUAAACCAUCCUUUAAUGUGAGUGUGAUCCGUACUGAAUAUAUCCA